AUGUUCGCCAUUGCCCGUCUUGCCCGAGCUGCUCGUCCUGUAGUCUCCUCUCUACCAGUCGUACGAUGUGUCUCAUAUGUAGCACCCCCUCAACUCACUGCGGAUAAAAGCUAUCGAUUUGGUCUUAAGCUUGACGAUAUCAAAUCCGAAACCGAAGACGAAGAGAAGACACUGACUCAACUAAAGGCGGUUCUGAGUCUAAAUAAUGCUUCGCAGCACGAACUUAAUAAAGCCCAAGUAGCGUUGGCUGUCGAGACAUUCCAACGCUUUCCAGCUCAUGCACAAGGCCAUAAGAAAGAUCAUCACUCGCGUCGAGGUUUGAUGGCAAUGGUUGAAAAACGCCGAAAGUUGCUCAAGUAUUUGCGUCGCAAGGAUCUGCCCAAGUUUCGUGCUGUAGUCGCGGCGCUCGGUCUACGAUUUACUUAG